AUGGCCGAGGGCAGGAGCGGCGGAGCUGGGCUCUUCGCCAGGCAGGUCCAGAAGCGCUUCAGCCGGGCACAGGAGAAGGUUUUGCAAAAGUUGGGCAAAACAGUGGAGACCAAGGACGAGCAGUUUGAGCAAAGUGCCUACAACUUCCAGCUGCAGCAGAAUGAAGGCAACAAACUCUACAAAGACCUCAAGGCCUUCCUUGGUGCAGUGAAAGUGAUGCACGACAGCUCUCGGAGAGUGGCCGAAACGCUGCAGGAGAUUUACAGCAGCGACUGGGAUGGGCACGAGGAGCUCAAAGCCAUCGCUGAUAGCAAUGACCUCCUGUGGGAUGACUAUGAGACCAAGCUGGCUGACCAGGCUCUGAGGCUGAUGGAGAACUACCUGGCUCAGUUUGGGGACUUUAAGGAGCGCAUCGCCAAGCGGGGCCGCAAGCUGGUGGACUACGACAGUGCCCGGCACCACCUGGAGGCUCUGCAAAGUGCCAAGAAAAAGGAUGAGACAAAAAUUGCCAAGGCUGAGGAAGAGUUUAACAAAGCCCAAGCAGUGUUUGAAGACCUGAACAGGGACCUCCGGGAGGAGCUGCCAGUUCUGUACAGCAGCCGCAUCGCCUGCUACGUGACCAUCUUCCAGAACAUCUCCAACCUCCGGGAUGUCUUCUACAAGGAGAUGAGCAAGCUGAACCGGGACCUCUACGAGGUGAUGAGCAAACUGGACAAGCAGCACUCCAGCAAAGUCUUCAUCAUCAAAGGGGUCCCCAGCCACCGGCGCUCUCUGGUCAUCUCCUCUCCGGUGAGUCCUCCAGCCAUGUGCCCCUCGCCGGGGAAGGCACCAGACUGGCAGCCCAUGCUGGAAGCAGAGGUGACAGAGGUGUCCCCCGGGACGGAUGGCAGUGCCACUGAUGCCAUCUCCAAUGGGGACCUGGUUGCCACCAUCCCUGGCCCACCUCCAGCUUCCCCAGCCAGCGCUGGGUCACUGUCAGAGACAGCAUCGAUCUCCAGUGAGGAGGCCCUGGAGCAGAGCCCCAGCCUCAAAGCUGCACCCCAGGGUCAGGGCACAACAGUGGCAGCUGCAGAACCCGGGGAUGGCUCCCCCUGGCUCACCCAAAGUCCAGAGCCAGCAGCAGCUGCCAGUGGGGCACAGGCAGGGCCUGAGGGCAUUGCCACCUCCCUGGCAUCUCUGAUUGUAUCUGAGGCGAUAGCCCAGGCUGCUGGUAUUGAGCAACUAGAGCCAGAAAAUGCCACUGCAGAGGACCCCUGUCAGCCAGAUGGUAUGGCCACCAACUGUGAGGCACCAGCUCCAGCUUCAGCCACCCCCUCUGAUGUCCCCAGCCUGGUGGAGCAGGCUAUGGGGUGCCCAUCCCCAGGCACUGGGCAGGAGCCAAGCUGGCACCAUGCUGCUGCAGGCAGCAACAGCAGCUCCAGGGAGAGUGUGGAGGUGAUGGACGUGGAGACAAAGGUGCCCAACACUCAGCCCCCAGCCUCAACCCCCCCAGCUCCCUCAGCUGCUCCUCCCCAGCCCUCUGCUCCAGACCCGUCUCCAGCCCUUCAGUUCUCCUCCGUUGAUUCAAACCACUGCUCUCAGUCGCCAGCCUGGUCGAGGAAAGGGUUAACAGGGGAGGUGUUGCUGGUCUGGGGUUUAUCGUCGGAGCGGCCAAACUGGAAAGGUGAGGCAGGAAAAGGGCACCGCCUGCGCCUGGGUGAGCCCGGGAGCGGCACAUGGUGCCCGCAGCCUCUCGCCCAGGCACCGCGGGCGCAGUGGCCUCGCUCCGCAGAGUCGCUGAGUCACCCUCCCGAGCUCCGGAGCCACUGCAGGACACCUCCGGGGGGGAUUACAAAGGUUGUCCAGCGAGCUCGGGAGAAGCCACCAAGCUCCAAGUUCUGA